AUGCUCUCCACCGGCGUUGACUUCAUCGAAAUCGACCGCGUGGCCGGUGUCCUGGACCGGUACGGAGAACGUUUCCUACGCCGCGUCUUCACCCCCGCAGAGAUCGCCUAUUGCCGUGGCCGCGCUCCCAACCUGGCGGCACGUUUUGCUGCUAAAGAGGCCGUGAUGAAGUCUCUGGGGACCGGUUUUCGUGGGGUGGGCUGGCGCGACGUCGAGGUCGUCCGGGCUCCCAGCGGGGCGCCGAGCCCGCGACUUCACGGCCGCGCGCGCCGCCGCGCCGAGCGAUUGGGCGUCACCGAAAUCGCCAUCAGCCUUUCCCACUCCCGAGGUUUCGCCAUGGUCGUCGCGGUUGCGGUCCGCCCCGACACCCCGGAAUUCCUCGAAGCUGCCAGGGCCACACUUUGGGGAGACGGCGUGGCUCCUCGCGCCGGUUGA